UUGAUAUCAAUAUUAUUUUCUCUUGCGGUCUUCACUAGUCACAAUUCUGAGGCUUUUUUUUUUUCCUGAAAACGUUUUUGAGGAGUGGUUCCAAAAUGUACAAUCCUAAUCUGGUGGAACAGAAUCUAGUAAUUAUUCCCCCGGCGAGACCCAAAUUCACACCGGGGGAUUGGAAUUUGAACAACCGUACCAAAAACGUAUUCUCAGUGAACCAGCAAACCCUGUCCGAUAGAAUAAUUUGUGAAAGUAAACGGUUAAUUGAUGAGACGAAAUAUACAACCGAGUACAACAAAAGCGAAUCCGACUACCGGUUGAAGGAACGCAUUGGGGACAUAAAAUUCCUGCAGGAAGAAAUAACCAAGCAGAAAAAGGACGCCCUCGUCGAGGAGGAAGCCCUGAAGGUGUACAAACAGCGAACGAUCGAUGCCAUCAACACCCUGAGGGAAAUCGUUAUCCCAUUGUGCCAGAAGUGCAUCAUCCUCCGAGAAACCCGCAAUGGUGUCGAAUUGGUCGAGGACGAGGUCGACAAGGAACUGCGGAAGGAGUUGGAUGUCAUCAAUGGAGCCAUUCAGCUGCUGCAGAAGCUGAUGGACGAAUCGGUGGAGCAGCUGCGAAGACUGCGGGCCACUAUCUAUUUGCUGGAUCGGGAUCUGGCCAAUAAGGAAAAAUCGGUUCAAAUCGACGAGAAAAACGUGGAAAUGAGACACAACCAGAUGGGACUGAAGGUGUACGAUGGCAAUGUGCCACUGGAUCCUUACAACAACACUGAUCCUGAAUGGAUCGCCAACACAAACCUGAACAUCCAGAACACGGCCAAGGAGAUAGCUUGCGCUCAAACGCUACGAUCGUACAUCGAGCAGAUUUUCAAACAGGCCGCCGAAGACAUUCGGCAGCAGGUCGAGCGCACCAAGGAACUGUUCCUGAAACGGAUUGCCGAAAUGCGCUACACCAAAAUCAAGCUAGAGAACGUCCACAAGGAAACGGUCCGGCAGGUGAACGAAAUGACCCGUAACGUGACGGAUCUGGAGAAGGAAAUCGCCGAAAAGGAAGGUUACGUUGCGCUGGCUCAGAUGCGGAUGGCCAACCGAGCCCAUCGACCGGGCAUCGAACUGUGCAUCGAUAAUGUUUACCGCAGUCUGAAGAGGGAGCUAGCCUCACUUAGGGAAACGAUCGCCCGGUUGGACGGAAUGCUGGUGCAAUCGAAGGCAACCUUACGCUAUCUGUUGAACACACAGGUGAUGCAGGAAGACGAGAUCAACUCCAAAACGGCGGCCUUGAGAAUCGACGAAGUGGAUUGCAUGACUUUGAGGGAAAGUCUAAAUUUCCAAAAUUUCUAGUGUGUGAUUGCACCGUUUUUAAUUAUUUCUAUUUUCUAGCACAAUUUGCACCGCGUGGAUAAUCGAAAUAUUUGGGUAUUUCUUUCCUGUCUGCAUAAAUAAUAAAUCAGUCACAUUUGCAACCGGCAGUCUUCUCAUUUUAUGGAUUUAUUUACCUAUAGAGUUUUGGAUAAAAGCCUUCAGUAGUCGGACUUUUAAAUAUAUAAUAGUAAAACGGUUUAGUAAACUAAUGUUUGCUGAGUGUAUUUCCAUUUUGUUGCUUGCGUUAUCUUGCGGAGUGUAAAUAUCCUCCGGAAAAAAGAGAUGUUCUUGCUUGUUUCCAUUAGUCUGUUGGAUUAUUUUCAUAUCGAGUUUUCUAGAUUACACUAAAUUGAAUAAGUUGGACUAUCACUUAGAAUGCAGAUAAAAGCUUAAUACCGGUCACAGCUUCAGGAACGUGGUGUGCAUUGUGGGAAACGACGGUGAUCAACGAAACCUAUGUUGACAGAAAGUAAAUUUUCAAAACGAAAUAAAGAUGCACACCAUGCAAAAUUCCAGUGACAUACGAGUAUGAUUUGAUUAUUCAUGAACAAGGGUUAGUAAA